AUGGAGGAAGUCAUAGCUAUAGUUAAGAAGCAGAAAAGAGUUCACCACAAAUACUCAAACGAGCAAAAGCUCGCUUUUGUGUAUUAUAACCGAAUUAAAUUAUUUAACGCAGCUAAGUCCGGGCGCUUAGCAGGCGGCAUAGCCGAAAGAACAGCACAGAAAUGGGCCAAAAAACUCAAAGAGGAUAAGGAUUGGAACAUAUUUGAGAAACAAACUUUUUUUUUUAAAAAAAAUAAACAAACCAAUUUGGUCAAUAGACCAAAACCACAAUUGGAUGAAAGACAUAAGGUUCACCUGUUAGAGUUUUACGAUAAUUGGCCACAAGCACGAGUGCUUGAUGCAAUGGAAUCACUCACUCAAAAAUUCUCUGAUCUGACUGUGAAGAAAAGUACUGUUCACAACUUCCUUAAGGAUGAGUGCAACCUUUCUUUUAAGAAGUUAACACGCUUACCGGUUGCUAGAAAUAAUUCAGAUAAGAUCCAAGCUCGUAAAGAUUGGGUCAUCAAGUGGACUGCUACUGAUAUGAAUUACUUAGAAAACUGUGUGUUCGUAGACGAGUCUGCAUUUAAUAUAAACAUGAGACCUCCUAGCGGAUGGUCUGUAAAAGGAACA